GCUCUCGCGAGACCGGCCCGCGCCUCAGGGCGGCGAUGGCGGCGGGGGACGCGGAGUCCUCGCUGGAGCUGAGCCUGACGGGCUCCGGGGCUCUCCCCGGCGCGCUGCCCCCCGCCCGCUCGCGCAUCUUCAAAAUCAUCGUCAUCGGGGACUCCAACGUGGGCAAGACGUGCCUCACCUACCGCUUCUGCGCCGGCCGCUUCCCGCAGCGCACCGAGGCCACCAUCGGCGUGGACUUCCGCGAGAGAGCCGUCACCAUCGACGGCGAGCACAUCAAGAUACAGCUAUGGGAUACUGCAGGCCAGGAGCGCUUCAGGAAGAGCAUGGUGCAGCACUACUACAGGAAUGUCCAUGCCGUGGUGUUUGUGUAUGAUAUGACAAACAUUGCCAGUUUCCACAGCCUGCCAUCCUGGAUAGAGGAAUGCAAACAGCACCUUCUUGCCAACGAUAUACCACGGAUUCUGGUUGGAAAUAAAUGUGACCUGAGAAGUGCUAUUCAGGUGCCCACGGACCUGGCCCAGAAGUUUGCUGACACUCACAGCAUGCCAUUGUUUGAAACCUCUGCCAAGAACCCCAAUGACAAUGACCAUGUGGAGGCCAUAUUCAUGACACUGGCUCACAAGCUUAAGAGUCACAAGCCAUUAAUGCUUAGUCAACCCCCAGAUCAUGAUGAAAUACAUAUAAAGCCUGAACCAAAACCUAUCACAUCCUGCUGGUGUUAGGUAACAUUGUCACUGGCUAUCACCUUGUCUUGUUUGCAAGUGCUUCAAAAUUUUGAUCUUUGGCGAAGUUAACAGGUUUUGGUAGCAGCUACAGCAAAUGUCUUUGGCACUUUAAUGUGCUUUUUAUUUUAAUUUUUCCUGGUGUAGAUGUGCCCAUCUUAUGCUCUUGCACUUUGUAAUUGUACUUUCUAAAUUACUAAAGUUUCACUAUAAAUAUAUGGGAUCAUACUCACGUUGUAAAGUUUUGACAAAGCAAUCCUAGUUGAGCUCUAGUGUACCAGUUUACUUUUGGUUGCUACUUGUGUUGGAAUAAUGUAGGAGAAAGAGCCUUUUGUGACAACCAGGGAACUUGGGUUUUGGGUCAGCAAGUGGGGAGAUUUUUGGCAUAUGAAGGAAUAUUAGGUGGCUGGUAGGAAAUUAGAAAGCAGGUACCUUUUUAUUAUAAAAGCAAAAGAAACAGGUCUGUCAGUUUGGGCUUCCAGUGUCGGUGUGAAUUGCUAGGUUUUGGCCUGUCAUUCCACUAUGAACUUGGUCUGUUUCUUCAUGGCAGUGGUAAUGGAGACUAGGGAGACUAACUUGUCCCUACCUCUAGACAGUUAUUUGAUACUUAAAACUUUAUUAAUUUUUCAUAAUUAGCAUGUGAUACCAAACUAUGUUAUGUUAACCCAUACUGUGGAAAGUACUGUAGCACAGGAUUUGGGGUAAAAUUGGGGCUCUAUCCAUGUGUGCUCUGAUCUUACUAAAAUUAAGUUAUAUAUUUCUGAAUGUGCUGUAUUUGAGUUGAGUAAGUAAAAGAUUGGGUGAAUUUGCAAAAAAGCAUACUGGUUUUCAAAGAUAGGGUGUGCAGGGCUUUAAGAGAUUGUGAGUGCUUCUCAGAUAUCUUGAAAAGCCAACUUGAUAACAUGUAUCAGGAAUGGGAAUGCUUAGGAGUAUGGUACAGUCUUAAAAUAUUUCCAAACACAAACUAAAUUGGGUCUUGAAAUAUGGAGUAAAUCUACCAACUACAUCAUUUGUUACAGAUUUUUGAGGGAAAACCUGCAUGUAUAAUGUUGUGACUAUAUGUAGGGCAUCCUUGGCAUUACUAAUGUGAGCUAACAGGGGUUAGAUGAGGGAAAUUCUUCCUCUUGGACCACAUUUUUCUGUGUUCUCAUAGUUGCAACUGCUUUUUUUCAGUUCUAUCUGAAGAUCAAUUUCUUAAUAAAAAUGGUGCUAAGUUGCAUAUUAGCUGCAUAAAGUGAAAUGUAAGCCAUAGAAUGCAAUCUAUGACUUCAUUCAUGUGCCAUGUCAAACAGUGUUUUGUGACUUAGUUUUUGAUGUAUAAAUGAAGAUUUUUUUUUUUUAAUUGCAAUGUGUAGCAUGUGUUGCUUACUGGAAACUCAAUGGAAGGGCUAGUUCAGAAGCUGCCAUCCUAAUGUUUGUGUUAGAAACAAAUUACUGAAACAAGAUACCUGUUAUUAUGUAAACUCUUACAAUUCUUAAGAUUUAAUUUCAUUACAACUUAUACAGAAAAAAAUGCAUUGACUUUUUUCUAAAAAUGCAUUGACUCUUUUGAAAGAGCAUUUAAUUUGGUCCAAUAUGAUUAAGAUGUUUAAAAAGAAUCUAAACAAAAGGUAGUACUUUUUCCUGUAUAAAGCUGCUUCAAUUGUGACAGUAUUGUUGUUUAGGAAACAUUUGUAAAAGGAAGCUUUUGUAUUCACUCUGAACCUUACAUGACUAGAAUUUACAGUUGUUUCAGAAACAAAUCACCUUUUUAACACUAGUGUCCUUAAUGAUUUCUUUAAGAAAAUUAUUGCUCUUAAAUUGAUGUUUAUACUGUGGUAAGUAAAUAUGGUUUACAGUCCUGUUGGACAGAUUGUUUUUCACUCAUGUACUUAAUCCUUUUUCUGAGAAGGAUCCUUCUUAAUUAUUUGUAUACUAAAUAUGUCAGCAAGUUUUCAUGGCUUUUGUUUGUUUUGUUGGUUUUGUUUGUUUUGUUUUGUUUGGUUGGUUUGAGGUUUUGUUUGUUUGUUUUUAAUAAAAAUAUCCCAGAACUAAGAAUUUUAAAGUCAGUCAGGUUGGGGGUUGGGGUAAGAAAAUCAUGUAACUGCAGUGUUACUGUUAAGUUUUAUCUGAAACACCUGCACAUCUGUUAAGUUUUAUAUGAGUUAUCACAACUUGUAAAUAAGGGCCCUCAUGUCAUGAAAAUUAUGUGCAAAUGGUGUUCAAGUGUGUAAUUCCAUGUUGAGCACAAAGCAUGUUUUAAUGGUUCUUCCAUGGAGGCAGUGUGGUCAGUAAUGCAGGAUUCAGUGUUGCACCCUGGCUUUCAGUGGGCAUGUUUUGCCCACAGGAUGGAUGUCAGAGUACCGAAUGCUUUGUACGUGUAUUUUCACUUUAACCGGCCUGUAAAGUUGUGUUCUUUUGUAUGUCUUGGGGGCAGGCAAGGCACAAUCCCAGAAACUAAUAAACUGGCUUUGCCACUAA